AUGGGCUGCGGCACGAGCAAGGUCCUCCCAUCGGCCACCGAUCUCGGCGUGGAGAAGUACAAGCUGAGGCUGUGGCGCAAGCACGGCGGCGGCGACCUGGAGCCGGUCCUCGCGAGCGGCGCCGUCGCCCUCCUCGACGCGCAGUGGAUCAUCAGCCACGCCGAGGCGGGCGGCGUCCUCACCCACCGCCAGGCGCUGCCCAAAGAGGCCUUCCUCUCCCUCGCCGACCUCGUCGAGGCGACCGAGCAUGACGGCUGGCUUCCCGUCGGAGCGCUCUCCUAUCCGUGGCUGACUAAGGACCACCCGGACCCGAUCGGAGCCAACCUCUCCCGCGUUGCAAGGGCGCUUAAGGCCCUGCUCAGCCAUCCCGACAUCACGCGUCUCGGCGUCUUUUGGGACUUCGGCUCGCUGCACCAGCACCCCGACCCCGCCAACAGCGUCAUGCGCACCGAGGAGCAGAACGCGCUCUUCAAGCAGGGGCUGGGCUGCCUCGGCACGCUCUACUCACACCCGCACACAUACGUGCUGCGGCUGACCUCCUUCCCCGACGGCUACGAGGCGGAGGACCAGGCCGAGGGCACCAACGUGGCCAAGUACUUUGACCGCGGCUGGUGCGCCACCGAGAACGCCUGGUCGAGCCUGACCAAGGCCAGCGCCCUCUCGCUCGACCUCGGCAAGAUGCGCGACGGCGAGGAGUACGUCUACUGCAGCCUCAUUGGCGACUGCACCCAGGAGGGCGGCCGGCGCCCUCCGCUGCUGCCGUCUGCGUUCGCGGCGGAGCUGGAGUCGAAGAGCUUCACCAACGGCAAGGACGACAAGCCGCUGGUGAAGCGGCUGUACGAGGCCGCCUUCAAGGAGCAGUUUGGCAAGGCGACUCGUCUGAACUACCGCGGCCUCGGCUGGGGCGACGCGGAGGCGGCGCAGCUGGCGGAGGAGCUCUAUCUCAACCGCAACGAGAUUGGCAGCGAGGGCUGCAAGGCGCUGGCUGCCGCCCUCGGCAAGGAGUGGGCAGCGCUGCGGCUCGAGGAGCUAUAUCUCGCGACUACAACGAGAUUGGCGACGAGGGCUGGACGGCGCUGGCCGCCGCCCUCAAGGAGGGGGCCGCACCGAGCUUGA